CAGACGGUGCAAAACUGUCAAAAUAAAACGGCUAAAACUUUUCCGUGGCUCUCGUCGCAGUCGGUAACGUGUCGGCGGUGACACGGCGCUGAGAAACUCUAUUUUGGUGCGCCCUCCUCCUCCCGCCCGCGGCUGCUAUGGUUGCCCCUGCUCCGCUCGUCUCUCUCUUCCCCGGGCUCGAGCCAGCGGGCUGGAACACUUUAGCCGACUUGCUAGCUUAACGGCAACUUGUAAGAAAGUGGAGAAGACGGCGUCCGAACGGGAGCUCGCCCGCCUGCACACACACACACCUAUGCGACGGAUACCAGGUGAGUGAUGGAGACGAGAGAGUUGACGGUGGUGGCUGGGAGCUUCGUGGGUUUCCAGCUCCUCUUCUCCGUGGUCAGUCCUCGGAUCUCCUCGGCCCUCGCCCUCGGGUAUGGAGCACUGCCGCCCACAAAGCUGACGGAGUGGAACUCCAGGCUGGUGUCGACGGUCCAUGCGCUCAUCGUGGGACUGUUCUGUUUGUAUAUCCUGUGGUUCGACGAUGCAGUCAACGCCAACCCAGUCUGGGGCGACCCCAGUCUGGUCAAGCUGAACGUGGCCAUAACAUGUGGCUACCUGCUGUACGAUCUGGUACUACUGGCGUGUAACUGGAGCACAAUGGGGGACACCUUUUUCGUCUGUCACCACUUGGCGGCGCUCUAUGCAUAUGGAUACGUGCUGACCCGCGGUGUUCUUCCAUACUUUGCCAACUUCCGGCUCAUUUCCGAACUGUCCACACCGUUUGUGAACCAGAGGUGGUUCUUCGAGGCGCUGAAGUACCCGCGCUCUCACCGGCUGGUGGUGCUGAACGGCGUGGGCAUGUCCGUGGUCUUCUUCCUGGUGCGUAUCGCCGUCAUGCCGUCGUACUGGGCCAGCGUGUUCGCCACCUUCGGCACCGAGGACUUUGAGCGGCUGGGCUUGGGCGCCCAGGUGGCCUGGAUCACCUCCUGUAUCGCGCUGGACAUCCUGAACACCAUCUGGAUGUACAAGAUCACGCGAGGCUGCUAUAAGGUCAUCACCGGAGCCGGGGCCCGCAAGCGGAAGGAGUCGCCUGACAGGAACAAGAAUGUCAACAACCACACGGACUAGAGCGGCGCGGGGGUCCGCUUCUCCUGGCCCUUGAAACCUCAGCCUGGUCUGGCUGUUGGACCUCAGGUUCUGACCCGGACACUGGAACUGCUCCUUUAAGCACCAGCAGCCUCGAAGGUUCUCACGGACAGACGGAGCCCACAAGCACACCUUCCACUCCCUUCGUUGCUCCUUCCUCAUCACCAUCCUCUUCCUCUCAGCCAAAGCCGGAUCCUCUGAAGUGCCUGUGAUCGACAGGAGAGCAAUAAUCCUGGAGGACGGUUUUCAGAAGGUCACCUAGCUCGCGGCCCGCUCCACUGGGAGCUUCUGUCACGCUCCGUCCACGCCGAGGUCAUCCGUGGAUCUAUAGGGCUCCUCUCUUGGACACGCGGGACGACGGAAAACACCAUAAUGCCUCUUCUACAGUUUCACCUGCUGUGGCCUCCGAAAAGAAAAAAAAAAAACCACCAGCCAUGCACCUUAACUGUCACUGGGAUUACGAUUGGAAGUGAGACGGACCCACAGGCGGGUGAUCCCGCCCGCCCUUAGAUGCUCUCGGCCUCUCGCAGGACAGGUUUUUCCUCAUCAUUUCAGCGUCACCGGUUUGAUUUACACGCUCCAGAAGGAGACUUGACUUCACGUCCGACUCACUCACCUUCAUCACUACAGGACCACUGUCGUCUGGAGUUUUCGUUUCCUCUACCUCCUUAUUCUGCAUCACCCUCUCUGUCUCCCUCUAGUGGGGAAGGCGGAAUUGCACUCGACUAAACAAGCUCAAGUGGUUCGUCCCGUCAGUUUUGAGUUUCCGUUCAUCUGAUGUGAGGCUGCGUCCACACGACUCAGAUUUCCACGACUCGUUCUUCCUCUAUUCAGCACCAGUGAAGCAGGUUUAAUGGAAACUAUUAUAUUGAAUUGAGAGAGUUUCACUUCACAACCACCUUCUCUCUCGAUGUCAGUGGUGACCCACAGUUCAUCUGUUGUGGAGCUCACAGUUCCCAUAUGUAAAGGAAGCGAGUGGAGUACACCAAAUAGUAGAGUCAAUGAAAGGAUGAAGCCUCCUUUCUGCAUGAUGUGUCCUCUCACUGAGUGAACAACAGGGUUUACCACUUUAAUGUGACUCUUUUGACUGAACCAAGACCCUCCUCGCGCUUCUCUUUCCGUUUGAUGCCGCAAAGAUGGAGGUGCAGGUCGAUCUGAAGCGCGCGUCCAUCUUGAAACGCUGCGUGAUGUGGACGCGGCCUGGGUGCCACCAGAGAGAACUGGAUUCAUGUUUACAUUCUCGUGUUCUCUUUGUAGAAUUCCAGCAAAGCAGGAUGAGUCCCUGACCCGGGAGUGAGGCCGGCUGAUCAAAGCCGGGCCUGUUGUGUGAGAAGAACCCGCCUGGUGGUGUGAGUCUAGCGGAGUAAAGCUCAAGCAAUGUUCUCAUCUCUAACUGACCGACUGAAUUCGUGCACUUUAAUUGGACUUUGGUUGUGAACGUCUCAGUAAUAAGCUGAAAAUGAUACUUAAACCAACCGGGAAGUUUUUCUUCGAAGCAUCUGUCGAAUGGAAUUUCUGGUCCCAGGUAUCCAGGCGUCAGACUGGAAGGUUCUUGCUGGAAUUCUGCGAAAAUCCCUCCUGUUCUAAGUGGCAGCGUCACUCAUCCCUUUACCAGCCUCUUUCAGGAAAACCACCUCGAUAGUCAGCGGAGCACGAGUGGCAUGUUUCUGCUCCCCUCUGUACAAAGUGUAAAUGCUCACUAUAGCAUGCUACAUUUAGCUCACAGCUCCGACGGGUUUGUCUUCCAGGAGUCCUCUCGCUUCUCGAGACCGCAUGCGACGUGCCCCCCCCAUCCCUCCUGACCCCCCGCAUGUUGCGCCGUCGCCGGAAAUGAUUUGCAUGUUUGUUUUUGGUUGCCCUCCGCCUCCGCCCCGCCGUCUGAAGCACACUCCCACGCGGAGCAAUAACCGCCACCGAGGAGAGGCCACAGCAUCUUGUGCCUUGUUCACACAACCGUGGAUGUGACGGACUCGCAUGACCUUUCUGACCAACUAUCCAGAUUGUUAUCGAUGAACUCUACUGUACUCUGAACGUAUACUCCACCUGUAUAUUUUUAUAAUCUGCCUGCACAACCAAUAAUCCGGCCAAGUAUUAUAUAACCCAAAGCUGAUCCUUAGGGGGCGCUGUUGUGUAGUUUCCAUUUCGAAUUGCAGGGGUUUCCUCGGCAUGAAUGUUGUCCGCUGCGCUGGCGUGACUCACUCAUCGCUCAGUUCCCACUUUUAAACACCACUUUCAAGCUGGGCUCACUAUUUGGCAAGUGAGAAACUGAAUGAAGGAGGUGGAUCUCUUUAUCAAUAUCUUUUUUGUACCGCGUUUGUGAGCGAUAACUUGAAGGAGAAUGAGCUUGAUGCUUGAAGCAAAUACUCUUGACAGUAAAGAGAGUAAAGGAGUUUGCCAAAUAGUGACCCCCCAAUCCAAAUAGUUUUGAGUUGAGAUGACUGCUAUUAGACUUGUUAGUGAAGAUGCUGACUCAUGCUCUGGUCAAUUGUUUAGAACCUGUUGAUGAAAUGGUACUCGAUGGCACCGCCCUUUUACUGUACAAGAAAUAUGGGAAAAGCGGACUCAUUCUUUAUAAAGUACUUGCUACAAAUACUAGCCUGCAUGUUGUAACUGUUUAAAACUGACAGAAAUGGCAAGUCACCUGUAUUUUAAUGUAAAAUGCUGACUCAUGCUCAGUCCCAAUUUCCCAGAUGAUGCAAACUUGACUAACUGCACUGCUUACUCAUGCUUCCUGAACUGCCGAGUGAUGGCAGUAUUUACCAGUUUCUCACAGCGACAACCACGUGUUUCCAUGUUUUUGUUGACUCGGCACAAUUCAGGCACAGUUACGACGUGUCUGUUAAUCCCUAUAAGGUCGGAUCACGAUCGAUUCCGAGGUCAGUGAACGCACCAGUGGGUGAGCCUGUCCUUCCGACAGUGGCACAAACUUUAUGGAAUUCGGUGUAAUCCGAUUAAAUCAGACUUAAUCUGGAUUUUAAUGGGAUUAUGCGUGUUGAGUUUGUUAACUGUGAAUGUGACGGUGUUUGAGUCGAUGCAAGGGAGGAACCACAGCCCUGGUGAUGCAGCCUUUGUCGAGAUCACUGAGCUCAGAUGUCGAGAUUAUCCAAACAUCACCAGGAAAUCUGACUCCAGGAUUAACGGUAGGUCCGUGAACGCACUGCGAGGAUUGUUCCAAAAAGUGAGGUUCCUGCAUUUGAAACAAAAAACAAUGAAUAUAUCACACAGUUGAGCCCUGAUGUUUGAGGUUUAAAAAUGGGAAUUGAGCCAUGACAAGUGCGUCGUGUGAACGCGGCCUCUGUGGCAUUAAAACAGCCCCCAAUCUAUUUUUUAAGAUAAAUAAGUGAAUCUGAACUUAAGCUGUGAAUAAUCCUACAAUCAAGAAGUGUGGACGAGUGCGGAUGAUGAUGAUGAUGAUGAUGAUGAAGAAGAUGAGGGUGGUGAGGUGCUUCGGACUCGUGCACAAGCUCCAGGUCUGGUGUUUCUGCUGGACUUUUCUACUUGUCAGGGUUUUUCUAUCCGACCUGAGGAGCCCUCAGUUCUGCGCCGUAGGCUUUUCUCACUUCUUUAUUUUGGGAAGAAUCUGCCGCUGUGGCGCCGCGCCGCCUUCGUCCAGAAGCAGCCGUGGAACAGAGCGAGCGCAGCGCCCUCCUGUGGUCCGUUUUGCUCCCUCUGGUUUGGUCUCAGCGCUGAUGACGAAUGUUGUUGUCACUGGAAUCACUUUUAUUGGCCGCAACUUUUUAAUGCAGUUCCUUUGGUUCCCUCGGUUUCCUGACUGGAGAUUUUAAUGUGAAGUAUCGACGCCACUCGGCGAGUCCUGGUCUCGACGCUGGGACUGGGACGGGCAGCAGAGGCGGGCGUCUACAAUGACGAUGUAAUUGUAGAGACGGGAGCUGAGAUUUACUUGAAAGGCGAGCUCUUCAAUAAAGUUGAAGACAAAAGGAAACGUUCUCUGUUGUGUGUGUCGGGUUUUAAUGUGGUCGGCUGGCGGGUGAAGAAGAGCAGGAGACCACCAGACACUUCAGAAAUUUGACUUGAGGAUGCUCAACAAUGUCUUGUGCAAAGACAAAAACAGAAGAAGGAAGGCAACUGGAGAGGAGAUAAAAGUGAAAUGUCUGUAAAUAAUCUCAUCUAGGAAGGAAACCGUUAAGAGGAAAACAAGUCAACCAUAAUAACAAUAAUAUUGGAUGGUGAAAACUUUUCUUCUUCCUGGUCUUCAUUUUCACCCUCUUCAUAAUCUUCUCUCUGUCUCUUUUGUCUUGAGCUUCUCAUUCUUCAUCUCCACCUUCAUGAAUCUUCCUCAUCCUCUAGUCUUCUACUUCUCCCUGUUCAUGUUCUUCUCCUCUCCUUCUUGAUCUUCCUGUUUUUUCUCAUUCUUCAUCCUUCCUCUGUCUCUUCUUGAUCUUCUCAUUCUUCAUCUCCACCUUCAUGUAUCGUCCCCUUCCUCGAGUCUGGUUCUUCUUCUUGUUCAUGUUCUUCUCCUCUUCUUCCUGUAUUUUUUCUUCUCAUUCUUCAUCUUCCCCCUGUCUCUUCUUGAUCUUCUCAUUUUUCAUCUCCACCUUCAUGUAUCAUCCUCUUCCUCUAGUCUUCUACUUCUUCCUGUUCAUGUUCUCCUCUUCUUCUUGAUUUUCCAGUUUUUUUUUCUUCUCAUUCUUCAUCCUUCCUCUGUCUCUUCCUGAUCUUCUCAUUCUUCAUCUCCACCUUCAUGUACCAUCCUCUUCCUCUAGUCUGGUUCUUCCUCCUGGUCUUGAUCCUCCUUCUCUUCCUGGUCUUCAUUUCCAUUUUGUUCUUCAUCUUUCCUCUGUGUCUCUUGACGUUGAUGUUGAGAUUCCUCUCUCGAGUCACAGCCAGGACCUGUUCUGGGCUCACUAUUUGGCAACUGAGAAUCUCUUCAGAAUCGUGACUAUUUUACCUUGAUAAUGAGUGAAAGAGUCGCCGCUUGUGAUAAAAAAUGAUGGUUUCAGAUCUUAACAAGUGAGAUGGUCAUAACUGCUGUAAGAUGCAAGUCAUCAACACAGUUUGGCCACUGAUCAACUGAACCAGCACGGAAUGCUACUGCUACUGUUCUCGAAAGUGCUGACUCAUGCUUCACUCAAGCGGUCCAGGCUGAAUCCAGAAGCAGGGGAGGCAUGCAGGUCCGGUUGGGGCCGAGCUGCCGGUGAAGGCCGUGCUGAGUCUGGGAGUGACGCUGCGAGUGAGGAGGGAGCGCAGCCAUCGGUCAUGGGGCUCGGUCAGAGCCGGCUUUACCAAACAUGGUCAGGUAUCAGACGCUGGGUGUCUCUGCUGCUGCUGGAGCUCCCUCGCUCCCUCACUCCCUCGCUGGGCUGCUCUGGGGGGAAACUCUCACCUGGACUGGACGUGACAGAGCUGUGAGCUGGGCCGGACCUGGAUCUGCUGUGUGGCCACUGUGCACGGUUGUUCGCCCCCUGGCGGGGCUUUCAUUUGACUCUGCCACUAGUGGAGGCUUGUGAGUUCCCCUGGUUUCUGUGUCCUCUUGGUCUGGUGUUCAGGGUCCCCAACAACAGAUGUUCACCCCGUGACACAUCACUCGAACCAGACCAGGGUCACACAGACCAUCAGUCCCUCAUAUUCUUGUUUCCACGGAGGGAACAAGGCACCGCUCUCUGAAGCAUCCAAGACCCUCAUAGGACCAUCAGUGUUGUUCUGGUACCUCAGUUCCCUUUGUUGUCCCUCUUCUUCUUAUUCCUGUCAUUGUUCUUGUUCCUUUAGGUCUUCAUUCAUCUUGCUCCUCCAGGUCUUCAUGUCGUUCUUCUGAUUCCUCUUGUUCCUCAUCUUUUUCCUGUUGUUCAUCUUCAUCUUUUCUUUUUGUUUUUCAUGAACUUAUUCCUCUUGUUCCUCAUCUUUUUCCUGUUGUUCAUCUUCAUCUUUUCUUUUUGUUUUUCAUGAACUUAUUCCUCUUGUUCCUCUUCAUAUUGUUCCUGUUGUUUUCCUCAUCUGACCUUCUUCCCAUUGAUUGUCUUUUUUUUCCUGUUCCUCUUGUUCUUCUUCAUCUCCUCCUUUUUUCUUCCCUUCAUCAUGUUCUUUUUGUUCAUCUAAUCUUCUUGUUAUUUAUUCCUCUUGUACUUCUUCAUCUUGAUGUACUUGUUCUUGACUUUCUUCACAUUGUUCCUCUUGUUCUUCUUCACCUUCUUCCUCAUCUCCCUGUUCUUCAUAUUCAUCAUCCUCUUCCUCCUAUGCUCCUUCUUCUACAGCUCUUCUUGGCCUUGGUUCAGGUUAAACCCUACUGCUGUGACAGUUGGUGUUGCAGUAGCGCUGCAGGUUGUGGACCCACCUUCUCCGGCUCCAAACAAUCGGCCUCUAAAUGACUGAAGAACCAUACCCAUCAGUGGACACCCAGCUGAACCUUCUCACCCCCUGUCCGGCCCAGUCUGCUCCAUGGUUCUGUAUGUCCCAGAGCUGCUGGCUUCUCUGUGAGAUGUUCUCAGGAGGUCCUGAGAUUCGCUGGUGUAAGCAGAAACCACACUAUUUUUGGCUCAUGGGUAACGUAUCUGAUGAUGCUGGUGGCUUUUAAAUAUUUGUGCGGCAGUCAGGUCAGAGGUGGAGCAGCAGAUUGGUGUUGUCCUGGACCUGUGUUGCAUCUCCGCCUCACUAAAUCCAGGUUUGUUUGAAGCGUCCUGUCCCGGCGCUGCUGCACACCCACCGACGACUUAUGAUGUCAUGAGCCUCCUCUUCGCCGCGGCGGGCUCCUACCAUAAAUAGCCCGGCGGAGCAGGGGGAUGCGGGGGGGUUUACAACCAAACUGCCCUUUGGAACAUCUCUGGUGGCUUCACUCUGACUUGAUCUCAGAUCAGAUGGUGCGUUCAAGUCCUCCUCGUUGUGUUGAGUUUCAGAGUUCGAUGUCAAAUAAAGGUUCCGUAAAGGAGCUCGUGUUCUUCUGCUCCAGUCCCAGUACGAUGUUUGUUUGAAACAAGUCAACUUUCCGAGGUCAACAAAAGUCAGUAAAAAGAAAGUAAACAUAUUUGGCUGUUAACUUAAACAUUUAAAUGAUAAAUAAUACAUUUAUGAACGAAUAAUUUCAAUAUUUGAUUCAUCCUUUCACUUAUAUUCGCCUCAAAAUACGUUCCAAUCAUCCUGAAUACUUGAACUUUCGACUUCUCUUUUUACAAUCUUCAUGUCUUUCUUUCUUAAAUGAGAGAAACGCUCAUUCAGGAAACCGAUUCUCUGGCCAUCAAGCAUGGCGUCGGCCAUUAAACUCCCAUAUAAAAGCCAGUUUCUCACUGAAGCUCCCAGAAGCUGUGUCCGGAGAGAGAUUCUCGCCCGGAGCUCACGACUCCCGCCAUGACCAAAUAAAGCGUCCGAAUUCCAUCAGAGCCUUUGGUCUGUUUGGAGUGUGUGUGUGUGUGUGUGUGUGUGCUUCUGCUUUGAUCACCAUUUCCUUCAUUCCACAAGCAGCAAACUGUUGCUGACAGUGAAAACUGUACAAUUAAUAAAGAAAUGGACUCAUAAAAAGUCAUGCAGGAACAGAAACAUAAAAAUCUGAAACAUGAAUUUGGGUGUGAAGCUCUGCCCACCAGGAGGGCCUCAGAGUAGAGCCUCUGCUGCCCUCCUCCAGUGGAAGGAGGUCCCGGGGCAGACCCAGGACUCGCUGGCGUGCUCUUCAGCUGCUGCCCUGGCGAC